AUUAGUCCAGGAGGGAGGGAGGGGGCGGGGGGCAAGAGGAUCAGGCCUAGACAGGUCGAGGGAAAUUUAAGUCAAUAAAUAAAUAACUUUAAAAAGGCUGGGGAAAAUCCCUGGAAGGAAAAUUCCCCGGGAAAUUGCUAUUUGAUGGAGUGUGCAGCUGAGCUGGGCUUGUGGGAAGAAGAUCGAGCAGCCUGGAUUGAUUUUAACUGUUUCUUUAAUAACUCACAAGGCGAAGAAGAGAAACGUAUUUGAGCCCAUGGGCUCAAGUCCUUAGCUCUAUUUGGGAGAGGGGGGAGAAUAACUUUAUAUUUGAAUGAGAAGCUAACGGCAUCAGAUACCAGGCAGGAGUUAAAGUUGGGGGGCAAUGACUCUGAUCAGCUUGUUGGAAUUGGCUGACCUCUCCAUAGGGACACCAGAGAUCGGGGUGGUCAAUUUUAAUGCCCUCCACGCUUUGCUCCAUGCCAUCAUUAAACAACUCAACUUGCAGGAUGUCAAAGCCGAGAUGCAUGAUGAGAAACCUAAGCCCCCGGAACCUGCGCCUUUGGAGGAGAAUGAGAGGAAGGGCAAGCGCGAUGAGUCGGAAGACUUAUCCUAUGCUGACUUAGAGAAGAAGGUCAUUGGGGUGGCCGCUCAGGUGCAUGGCGUGGAGGCCAAAGUGGUUGGAGUGGCAGCUCAGGUGGAUGGAGUGGAGGCUCAGGUGCAUGGGGUGAAAUCUCAGGUCCAUGGAAUAGGAGAACAGGUUCAAGGGCUUGAGAAGCAAAUGGCUGCCCUGGAAAAAUUGCCUUCUGGGACAGACUUGCUGGAACGGACCAAGAGCGGCUCUCCGAAUGGCUCUGCUGUGGCCGACAUGUGGCAAAUGAUGCAGAUGAAGAAAAAGAUAGAAGCUAAUGAGACUGGCAUCUCCAAGGCCAUGGCUCUGUUCCAGGAUCUGCUGAAUGAGGUCAAUGGCGUGAAGGCAGCCAAUUUCCAUAUGAACGAGGGCCUCGAAAACAUGAAGGAGAAACUUGACUUGAAUUUACAACUAGAUACCCAGGAGAUUGGCAAUCGACUGCAGACCUGCAUUGCAGAUCAGAAGAACUUGGAUAAUGAUGUGAGGAACCUAGAGCGAAGGAUAAACCUCUAUCCUUCCCCCGAAGAAAUGUAUAGCAUGGUGCGCUGGGAAGUUCUGGAGGACUGCCUUGUGACAGGCAAAGGCAAGAGCCCACCCACUGAAGCCCAGUCUGCGGAUCCCAGCCUAGGCCAGCCCUCUCCAGCUGAGCAACCAGCUUCAGUUAUGGACACCCAAGCCAGAAAACCCUCUGCACCCUUGGCAGGGGCUCCAGGGAGCCAGCCUGGCUCAACCAGCAGCAGACCUGGUACUCCAGGGAUGCAGGCAGGGACCAGGGCAGGCAUGCCAGCAGUCCAGCCAGCAGCCCGGGCAGGCGCUCCAGGAACCAGGGCAGGCACACCAGAAGCCCAAGCAAUCACUCCAGCGGCCCACCCAGGCUUCCCCAGGACCCAGCCAGGCUCCCUGGGGGCCCAGCCAGGAGCCCAGCCAGAGAAGGACAAACACCUAACCUCAUCCACGCCGCGAGAGUCCUCCGGCUCUAGCAGCGCCUCCAGCCGCUACUCGGAUACUGUGGAAGCGCUGCGCCGGGUCGGGCAGCUGACCGACCUCUACACCGCCUUGCAGGAGCAGAUAAACCACCUGGAGCAAUUCAAGUGUAGCCACGCUGACCUCGACAAGCUGCGACAAUUCUUCUUGGAUGCAGGUGGCUUCCUGGACAAACACUCCUCGGGUAUGGCUUCCCAGAGUGGUGCUGACCGUAGCCUUCUGCUGGAUCCAUAG